AUGGAAAACUAUACGUACAACAGCCUCACUCUUCAGAUCGAGGGGUUGAGGGUCACAAAGACUAGCAAGUACCCUGUCUUUGUAUUCCUGCUCUUUGCCUACGUGUUCAUCUUAAUUACCAACGUGGGCAUCGUGAUCUUGAUAUGGACGGAGAGAAGCCUCCACCAGCCGAUGUAUCUCCUCUUCUGCAGCCUGUCCAUAAAUGAUGUCAUGGGAAACUCUCUCCUGGUUCCCCGUUUGCUGGCGGACCUCCUGGUGCCCCCCUCUGAGCGCCUUAUUCACUACUACGAGUGUGUGAUGCAAGCUUUCACCACACACAUGUUCAGCACCAACGCACACACUGUGCUCAUGAUCGGUCUGACCGUACGACUGAACAGAUGUAGGACUUUGAUCACAAAUCCUUACUGUGACAAUGCCUCACUUUUCAAACUCUCCUGUGAGAGUGUGAUUAUUAAUAAUGUCUAUGGCCUCACUUUCACUGUAGUCCUGCUCUCGUCCUCUAUCGGCAGUAUAAUCAUCACCUAUUCUAAAAUCACAGCAGCCUGUCUGACUAGUAAGAGCAAGUCUUUAAACAGUAAAGCCUUGAAGACCUGCAGCACUCAUCUGUGCCUGUAUCUGAUCAUGCUUGUCAGUGGGCUGAUCCUCAUCACCCUCCACCGCUUCCCCCAGUACACAGAGUACAGGAAGAUUUCAGCCAUUCUCUUUAACGUUGUUCCCGGCAGCCUCAACCCUGUUAUCUACGGGCUGCAGUCCCAAGAAAUACACAAGUUGUAUUUUAUCUUUACCUUCGGGACGUGUGCUGCCCACCUGAUUGUGGUGUCCAUCUCUUACAGCUCGGCAUCGUGCGUAUACAUCUCCUACCGGGUGGGAAACUUUCCACCAGAGGUACCAGAUGAAUCAUCCUGCAUAUCCUGA